AUAAAUAUGUUUAAACUAAACUAAACGUCUUUAUAAUAUUGGAUAAAUGAAACAAAAACAACCAGGAACGGAACAAGUGCAUCUGUAUACAUGCAAUUAAUCAAACGGACUUAUUUGCGAUGUGAAAUCAAGAUGGUUAACCAACUUCGAUCAACGGGAGGAAUUUCAUUAUUGCCAAAAUAUACCAUUUUUUUCUCGCAUUUAUUUCCAGAAUUGUAUAAACCCGGUAAACAUUCUAACAAAGCGCCGAGUUCCGGGCGUAUCCACAGCUGAAUUAGCUCAAAUGUACUGAACUCACCGACAUGCUAGGAAUUAUAUAAACAAACAUGUUCUGAGAAAUAGAGAACAAACCAGAUGCCCGCUAGGUUAUAGAGGGAAGCCAAGUUUACAUUCAAUUAACUGCUAGAACUUCUUUGAUUUAGUUUAUUUUCGACCGCAAUUCAUGAGAACCAUGUUGGAACAAAUCGGAAUAAGACUUUGGUUCUGUGUUUUUCUAGCCACUAGCGUGUGGGCGGCUCCAGGCGCUGAGCGACAGAAGCGGUCCCGAACGUGCUUCGGAGAGCUGGGCUGCUUUGCCAACCUGCCGCCAUUCAACAACACAGACGGUCUGUUGCCUCAGAGCCCGGACACCAUACAGACCACGUUCAGGUUGUUCACAACUACAUGCAAGCGCCCCCGGGUCCUGACGCAAGGUGACGCCUCCCCGUACACGGACUGCGGGUUCGACCCUACACUUCCGGUGAAGUUUAUCGUGCACGGGUUCCUGCAGCACGGACAGGUGGCCUGGGUCCGCGACAUGACGAAUGCACUCCUUCGAAAGGAACCGAUGUCCGUUGUGACGGUGGACUGGGGCUCAGGUUCUGGUUUCCCUUACUCGCAGGCGGCCGCCAACACGCGCGUGGUCGGGACAGAACUGGGAACCCUCAUCUCCACCUUGCGGUCCGAGCGGGGGGUACGUGCCGACAAGAUCCAUAUUAUAGGUCACAGUCUGGGCGCGCACAUCGCUGGCUACGCUGGGAACGUAAGCCCGGGCAUCGCCAGAAUCACGGGACUUGACCCCGCGGAGCCCGACUUUUCGGACACAGACCUGGCCGUCCACCUCGAUAAGACGGACGCGCUGUUUGUUGAUAUCAUCCACUCCGACGGCGCAGAGUUCGACUACGUCACAGGUUUUGGGUGGAUCGCAGCUGUCGGCCAUAUCGACUUCUACCCGAACGGUGGCAUGAACCAGCCGGGCUGUCCGCAAGAGAGCGUUUCCAACAUCAUGUCCGCCGCCUAUAACCACGGCAUCGAAGACGCGGAGGACACCCUGUCCUGCAGCCACAGCCGCUCCAUCUACCUGUUCACUGAGUCCAUCCUCUCAACCUGCCCCUUCUUCGGCCACCCUUGCUCAAGUCUAGAGGCCCUGGACAAGAACGCGGAGAGCUGCCUACGGUGCCCCCGGGGAAACUGUCCACAAAUGGGAUACGAUGCUGAUAAGACAGGACUCAGUGGAAAGUUCUACCUGCGGACCCGAGGGAGCGCCCCGUUUUGCGGCGAGAGUCAGCACGUGACGGUGGAGUUCGGGAGCAUGGAUACAACUUCCGGCCAGGUGCGCGUGGAGCUCGUGGGCGAGGACCUUUCCUCUGACGCCGUACACAUCAACAGCAACAAUGAUCCAUUCAAAUCCGGCGAUCGUCGUCACGUCCUUGUCGUGGACCGAGAGCGUGUGAGUGACGUCACACAGGUGCGCGUGACGUAUGCACGUCCCUCUAGCCAGUCGUGGUGGUGGUGGCACGGCAGCGUCACCACCUACUCCGUCUCUAUUUUCUCGGUAACGGUCACCAACGCGGAAGACGGACUCAGCGUCCAUUUCUGUGGCGACUACCGGACGGUCACCAAUGGUAACACGAUUACGUUGAGCCGCGGGACCACGGACCCUAACGCCUGUCUCGUGCCCCAGUCGAACGUUCACCGCGCAGAUCCACUUGUCGCCAGGCACCAAAUCGUCUAGACGAAUACAAACCUGCGGCUGUUACAUAUAUGUCUAAAAUAACAAUACAACAUCAUAUUACACCCAGUCACUACGUCAACUUCUAAAUAGAAGACUACGUACAAAACAGUCUGAACUCCAAAUGAUUUGAACUAUCAGGAGCUAGUCUGUUUUGCGCUUAGCCCCCAAAAAGUGAAAAUAAAUAUACAAAUGUACUUAUAUAUGAGUUUAAUAAAAUGUUUUUGAAGA